UGAAACCAGUCCAUCUCCUUCACCUUGGGAAAGAGGCCAGGCUGGGGAACAGUAUAAAGGGCAUCCCGGCCCCUGCUCGGCUCAGUGCUCCACUAGAAGCUCCUCCAGCCGUCCUCACUGUGAGUCAGGUUGACCUAAAGCAGCUUCCAAGAUGUCCCAGCAAGGUACUCUGCCAGUGACCCUGCCCCCUGCCCUCUGUAAGGAGCCCGUCAAGCCUGUUUCUCCUCCCACCAAUAUCCAGCAGGAGCAAGUGAAGCAGCCAACUCCACUGCCUGCCCCAUGCCAGAAGGUCAUCCCAGGGAAGGAUCCCUUGGAGCUCGGGGAGAAACACACAACUCCUGUGAAGGAGGUGCCCGAGCAAGGGUGUAAGCCACAGCAACAGGAGCCACAGCAUCCGGAACAGCAUCUGGAACAGCAGCAGCAGCAGCAGCAGCAGCAGCAGCAAGAGUCACAGAAGCAAGAAAAGCAUGUAGAACAGCAGCAGCAGCAGCAGCAGCAGCAGCAGCAGCAAGAGUCACAGAAGCAAGAAAAGCAUGUAGAACAGCAGCAGCAGCAGCAGCAGCAAGAGUCACAGAAGCAAGAAAAGCAUGUAGAACAGCAGCAGAAGCAGCAAGAGUCACAGAAGCAAGAAAAGCAUGUAGAACAGCAGCAGAAGCAGCAAGAGUCACAGAAGCAAGAAAAGCAUGUAGAGCAGCAGCAGAAGCAGCAAGAGUCACAGAAGCAAGAAAAGCAUGUGGAACAGCAGCAGCAGCAAGAGUCACAGAAGCAAGAAAAGCAUGUAGAACAGCAGCAGCAGCAAGAGUCACAGAAGCAAGAAAAGCACGUAGAACAGCAGCAGAAGCAGCAAGAGUCACAGAAGCAAGAAAAGCAUGUGGAACAGCAGCAGCAGCAAGAGUCACAGAAGCAGGAAAAGCAUGUAGAACAGCAGCAGAAGCAGCAAGAGUCACAGAAGCAGGAAAAGCAUGUGGAACAGCAGCAGCAGCAAGAGUCACAGAAGCAGGAAAAGCAUGUAGAACAGCAGCAGAAGCAGCAAGAGUCACAGAAGCAAGAAAAGCAUGUGGAACAGCAGCAGCAGCAAGAGUCACAGAAGCAGGAAAAGCAUGUAGAACAGCAGCAGAAGCAGCAAGAGUCACAGAAGCAGGAAAAGCAUGUGGAACAGCAGCAGCAGCAAGAGUCACAGAAGCAGGAAAAGCAUGUGGAACAGCAGCAGCAGCAAGAGUCACAGAAGCAGGAAAAGCAUGUGGAACAGCAGCAGAAGCAGCAAGAGUCACAGAAGCAGGAAAAGCAUGUAGAACAGCAGCAGAAGCAGCAAGAGUCACAGAAGCAAGAAAAGCAUGUAGAGCAGCAGCAGAAGCAGCAAGAGUCACAGAAGCAAGAAAAGCAUGUGGAACAGCAGCAGCAGCAAGAGUCACAGAAGCAAGAAAAGCACGUAGAACAGCAGCAGAAGCAGCAAGAGUCACAGAAGGAAGAAAAGCAUGUAGAACAGCAGCAGAAGCAGCAAGAGUCACAGAAGCAACAAAAGCAUGUAGAACAGCAGCAGAAGCAGCAAGAGUCACAGAAGCAGGAAAAGCAUGUAGAACAGCAGCAGAAGCAGCAAGAGUCACAGAAGCAACAAAAGCAUGUAGAACAGCAGCAGAAGCAGCAAGAGUCACAGAAGCAGGAAAAGCAUGUAGAACAGCAGCAGAAGCAGCAAGAGUCACAGAAGCAGGAAAAGCAUGUAGAACAGCAGCAGCAACAGCAAGAAUCACAGAAGCAGGACCAGCAUGUGCAACAGCUGGAGCAGGAGAAGAAGGUCUUGGGCCAGCGGCUGGAUCAAGAGCCAGCAAAGAAAGAUGAGCAACUGGAAAAGAAAGGGGAGCAGCUGCUGGAGCAGCAGGAGGGGCCGCUGAAGCAGCCUCUGCUUGUCCCAGCUCCUGGCCAGGUCUAAGAGACUGACCCAGUCCAGCCCCUGAAGGGAGAAGUCUUGCCCCCUAAAGAAGCAGGAGGUGUAGUGUCCCCCAAACAUACGUAACCACCCCCAGGGUCCCAGAGGCCCCUGGAAAUCCCACACAAGUGAAGAGAGAGCCAGUGGCCUGGCUUACCUCCAGUCCCCAGCCUGGGUGGCCCACCUUAUCUGUGAACCUGCCUGACCCUGUCCUUCUGCAUGUCUCUUGGAUAGGGCUUGGGAAGGGAGGGGAGCUAUUGCCCAGCACCCACCCCUGAUGAGCCCAAUCCCAACCUCAGGUGGCCAGAGCCUCUGCUUGAAGAGACAGUGACUAUAGCAACUCUGACUGCAUCCCCACUACUAUUGCUGAAUCUGUGAGUGUGUACAAUAAUACAGAAUAAAUGUUGGAAGGCCUGGGA